CGUGCCCACGGACUAUUUUGAAUUUCGCUCUGAUAAAUUCGAUCUCGACCAGAUUCCGGAAUUCCGGACUUUUCUGGACGAGAGACUACGCUGAUCAACAGAUGUAUAACAAUCAAUGGAUGUAGAACAACUUCUGGCAUCAAUCCGUACCCAGCUUCAGUUAUCCCGACCCACGCUUCGUAUUUCUUUUACGUCACUAGCUGCUCUUCUGUACCCAUCAUGUCUGACUGGAUGGAGUCUGACACCUUUAAAGCGCAGUACAAUGGCGCGGAGGAUUUUGCGGGGCGUGUUCCCCGGCCAGAUGAAUUCCCAGAAGAUCCCUCUACGUCGCGCAGCUACUGGAUUCGCAACCAUACCAUCGAAUUGGAUCAGAUCUGGCGUGAUAGAGCUCUCCCAGAAGAGACGGACGUCGUAAUCAUAGGGUCAGGCAUUACAGGUGCCGUGGUAGCAUUCCAGCUCUCUGAACAGCAGCCUGAUAUACGCGUGGCGUUGUUGGAAGCACGCGGUAUCUGCACGGGCGCCACGGGCAGAAAUGGAGGCCACAUUUGCAGGCCUGAAGUGUGCCAUUUUGAUGAGACGGUACAGGCAUUCGGAGACGAGGAUGCAAUGCGAUUGAAGAAGUUUGCGAUCAGGAACCGUGACAUGAUGAUUGAGUGCAUCGAAAAGCUGGAUGCGACAGAGAAGGUCAGCUUGCGGCUCAAUGGGACUGUUGUGGUCUUCGAAACAGAGAAUGAGAGGGACGCCUUUCAGAAAGACAUCGAUUACGCGACCUCGAAAGGGUACAAGUCUGAAGGCUACAUUAUCGGUCCUGAAGAAGCGGCGACGAAACUUGACUUGGAUGCCUCUCGGACUAAUUUUGGUGCUGCAAUUCUGGAGAAGUCGGGAACCAUCUUCCCUCGAAAGUUUGUGGAUGUUCUUCUCCAGACGGCAUUGCGUCGGAUGCCGAGUCUGACGAUUCACCCUUACACCGCAGUCGAAUCUGUAUCACGCCCAGAUUCGAACAACAGUCUAUACAAAGCACACACAACGAGAGGCGUCAUCCAGUCCAAGGCCAUUUUCCAUGCCACAAAUGCGUAUGCGGGCCACCUUAACGUUGACCUUCAGGGCGCUGAUGGGGUAUUCGGGGCGAAGGGCCACAUGCUCGGUAUAAAUCCAAACGUAACUGGAUGCAGAAAGCAAUUACAGCAGGGUUUUGGAUACGGCGACUUCUGGCACUAUCUCCAGCAAAGGCCAGGCAAUGGACCAUUCUUGUACGGCUUCGCGACUGCUGAACUAUUGAACGAUUAUGAUGAUCGGAUCACUCUUCCGGCAGAUCACGAAGUCCGUGCUAAGAUGCUGGGUUUCCUCGAAAGAAUGUUUCCUGAAUGGUUCCAGAAUCUCGACAUAUCCAGGGACGUACCGUACGACUGGACUGGGAUUCAAGGAUUCACAAUGACUGGGGCUAGCAUUGUCGGGCGACCGUCAAAAGAUAGUCUUGGUGAAUUUGCCAGCGUAGGACACAAUGGGGAGGGUAUGGGGAGGUGUUUUGCCAGCGCUACAGUAGCCACUGAGGCAAUGAUUGCGUACUUGCUCGGUAAAUCUUACCAGACACCGGAUUGGUUUCCGGAGGCUUUCCGUAGAAACAUUUAG